AUGUUGUUACCGAAAUUUAUUAAAAAAGUUGAUCCGCAAAAACUUUCUUGGUUUUUCAACGGCAGUUUUUGUUUAGAUUUUCGGAAAGUGUUUGACUAUUUAAUGGUUUAUGUUUCAGCAUGUCUUAAAUGGUUUUUUGUAAUUGAAACAUUCACUUAUCUGAUGUUCAAAAAGUCAGCAAGUUCUGCUCAAGUUGUUUCAAAUAAAACGAAAACCUUUAUCACUGUAGUUUAUGCGCGUACAUUAAUUCAUGACAAUAGAACAUUCGCGUUGAAUAUGCUUUUAUUUCUUCUGUUGCGAUGUCAGCGAAAAGGAGAAAAAUUGGAGACAAACUUGCGUAACAAAGCAAAAAUGAACAUAAAACCCGACUUACACUUUCAGCUCGUUAUCAAAUUGAACAUUAUGGUUUAA